GUAAAUUUCAAGAAUAGAAUCUAGAUGUCAAAAAGAUAUCUCACAACAUGCAUGCCCUUGAGAACCCCACAAAGCAAAAUAUGCAACUACAUCCAUCCAAGAAAUUACAAAGCUGAAAUUCUCUUCCUUAACAUAUAUAUAAAGCCAUAAAUCACAACUCUAUUCCCUUCAGCACAAAAUCAUCUACCUUACAAGAUUUUAUUUACUAAAAGCUUCUACACAAACAAUUAAUUUCCUAGUUCUUUUUUCCCUUCAAAGCUGCAUAAACCUAGUUGCAAUAUAGGAAGUACAUAGUUAAGAGAAUAAGGAAAGAUGGGAAUUGAAGGGACUCUCGAUUUCUUGACUGAUUUGUUUAUCACCGCAAAGAGGAAGAAGAGGAGGCAAAUCAACACAGUAACCCUCAAAAUCAGGAUGGAUUGUGAAGGCUGUGGACAUAAAGUCAAGAAUGUACUCUCUUCUAUCAAAGGGGCGAGAUCCGUGGAGGUGGACUGGAAAAAACAUAAAGCGACAGUUACCGGAUUUGUGGAUUCUAAGAAAGUAUUAAAGGCGGCAAAGAAGACGAAGAAGAAAGUGGAGCUGUGGCCAUAUGUUCCAGUUGAGCUAAUGGCCCACCCUUAUGCAUUGGGAGUUUACGACAAGAAAGCGCCGCCUAAUCUCGUGAGACGGACUUACGAGCCAGGAGUGGCGACUCUAAACCCGGUCGAAGAAAAAUAUUCCCUCAUGUUUAGUGAUGAAAAUCCUCAUGCAUGCUCUAUCAUGUAGAGAUAUAAUUAUGAUUGACAUAUAUAUGUAUUUGUAAUUGAACUUAAUAUUUGUUAUAAUCAUAUUACAUGUUUAUGUUAUUAUCUUAUGUAAGCUUGUUGGUAGAUCAACUUUGAGUCAAAUGAUAAAAAAAAC